UUAUGAAAAUGGCCUCGACCCUGCCCGCAACCACGAUUAACCGGAGAAGAUGACGGUCCUGAGCGUUUUAAGUCAGUGGAACACCAAAGUGUCUUCUUUAAACACGUAGAAACAAGCGAAGUAAACAGAAACAAAGAGUCUGUCGGCGGAGAAACGACUGGAAACACCACAGACCGCCGCAUAUUUUCUCCGGGGUUGAGGAGCCGCUAUGGAGGAUAUCAACUCAAAUAUCAACGCGGACUUGGAGGUGCGGAAGCUCCAGGACUUGGUGAAGAAACUCGAACAGCAAAAUGAACAGCUCCGGAGUCGGUCUACGAUGUUGUCCUCGUCCGGAGCGAUGUCAGGGCACCACAGACCCCUCAGCGAAGGAUACGACUCGUCGUCUCUGACAGCGGGGAUGGCAGCCGGUCUGGCCGGCUUCCCUGGGGUGGGGUUCGUCGGUACAGGCGGCUAUGGGGGGCUGCUGGAGAAUAACCGCUGUUUGAGCCCCAGACUGUCUUACGACGGCAUCAGUUUCAGGAGGGCGUAUGAUUAUGAGGGAGCAUCGGCGGCUGCCUCUAUGUCGAGCAUGAACUCACGUUAUUCAGACAUCGGGGUUUAUAACGUAACAGACGAAGGGGAAACGUCAAUUCUAGACGAAGUGGAAAUCUUAGACCUCGAAGACAUGGACUGUCUAAACGAAGACGAGGACAGCUGGCUUUAUGAGGCGAAACUUAACAGUCCCCUUCAGAAAGCCUUGAGUCCUAUUGUGUGGUGCCGCAAAGCCCUUGACAACCCCAGUCCUGAGAUGGAAUCAGCCAAGCGCUCACUCAUCCACAGACUGGACCUCACCAUGUCAGCCAACAAGCGCAGGAGUUUGUAUGGAAGUCCCUACAACCAGCAGGGCUAUGGAAGCCCAUAUAGCACAAACGCAGCCAACAGCCCGUAUAGCAGUGGCUUCAACUCCCCCUCCUCAACCCCAAGCAGAGUGCCCAUCGUCAGACAACAACUAAUGCCCGGGAAUGCAGCACACCAGCGAAACACAGCAGCAGAGAGGAAUCCUCCGGCAGUGAGCCCGCAGUCAUCAGUCGACAGUGAACUGAGCACCUCAGAAAUGGAUGAGGACUCAGUGGGCUCCUCAAAUACCUACAAACUCAAUGAUGUCACUGAUGUCCAGAUACUGGCACGCAUGCAGGAAGAGAGUUUAAGACAAGAUUACGCUGCAACUGCGUCCAGGCGGAGCUCCGGUUCGUCCUGCCACUCAUUGCGGCGGAGCACCUUCAGCGACCAGGAGCUAGAUGCACAUAGUCUGGAGGAUGAAGAGGAGGCAGUACAUCCGGCCUUCCACCUACCCUCCAACCGCUUCAGCCCCUCCCCUCGACACUCUCCCCGCGCCUCCCCCAGAAAUUCACCUCGCUCUCGUUCCCCUGCACGCUCUAUUGACUACAGCCACAGUCGCGGCUCACCUCAACCUAUCAUCAGCCGCCUGCAGCAGCCCCGCCACUCGCUGCAAGGCCAUGGGCAUGACCUGCAGACCAAUGUGGUGAAGAAUGAAGAAAAGCUACGUCGUAGUCUUCCUAACCUCACACGCUCCUCAGCGGCCACGGCCCAGUGCUCAGAGCCUGUCAAGAACAGCCGCAGCUGUGAGUCCAACCUGCAAGUGCCAAACGGUGGCUCUCCUCGACACCAGAACCAGUCUGCAACAGCAGCUCAGCUCCCAAGAUACUCGACCCCUGCUCGCUCCUCCCCGAAACCCAAACAGCACCUCCAAAGGCCAACGGCCCUGAGAGUUCCCUCUCCCAGUAAGCUGCGAACUCCAGCCACACCGUCCCCAUUGGCCUUGAGGCAACCAGUAAAGGCCACAUCUAACCCUAAUUCUGCCACCUCUACCCCGACCCGCUCCCUGGCUCCCCCGCGCAGCGGCCUGCCCCGUCCCAGUGCUUCUGCAGGAGGAGGGAUCCCUCUGCCUCGCAGCAAAUUGGCCCAACCCGUACGCAGAUCUCUUCCUGCUCCUCGGACUUACGGGGGCGGCACAGGUGACAAUUGGAGAGAAGGUUGUUACUGAAGUGAGCCAGCAGGGGGCUCUCCAGUCAAACUAUCAACACAAGGAGGCAGACAUUACAACAUGGCACUUUAUCUGCGUAGAUAAAUUUUACAAUGAAGAGAUAGAGAUACUUAGUCCCAAGAAAUAUAUACAACCCAGAAUUAUCAAAAAAAAAAGGACAGCGUCCACGUUGUUUCAAAGAGGACUUCCCAUCGUGUUCCCCUGUGGGGUCUGGCUCUGGAGGCGUCUGGCAUGUAGUGCAGACAGACAUCCCAGAAAUUGCCAAAGAAACCAGCCCGACUCCAGCUUUGCCAAUAGAGGACACAUCACCUGCCUUGGUGUGACUGCAAUCAUUUGUCAGACAGUCUAUCACUUCAUUGCCCAGCUUUCUUCCCACUCCCCCUCCCUGUUCCUUUUUCACAUCCCUCAGGUUGAAAUGUUUCCACGCAUUUCUCUCUUUAUUCUCUGUGUUCAACAGAUGUUGGUGAGCGAUCUCUAUGAUGAUGCUGUGCAGGUGAAAUGUCCCGUCAUGUUGGAAAAUUGUUGAUGUCUUGCAACAGUGAAAGCACCUCUGUGUGGGUAUGACAUUUAAGAAUCUUUUCCUCUUGUAAAAUCAGCCAGAAUGUAUGCACAAGUUCGUUUUGCAAAUUAUUUAUUCAAAUUAUUUAAAAAAAAAAAAUGUAUGUCCAAACAUCCAUAUCAGUAUUUUUUUUUAAAGAUUACAAUAGUUAAAAUGUACAAUUUGAACCUCAACUGCAAGCUAAGUCUCCAAAGCCUUUUAUUGUUUUCAAAGUGUCGAAUCAGGACUUAAGAGAAACCCGGGUGAUUAAUGACACCUCGGACAAAGCCUCAGUUCUGACUUGUACUGCAUUUUGCCAAGAUUAUACUUUUCCAUUGAAGUGCUGAGAUAGGUCAGUUAAAGAACAGCUUGACAUUAGGUCUAAAUUAAAUUUUAAAAAAAGAAAAGAAACCUGAACUCAAUCACAUAUGUUGUUCCCAUUCAGCCAAUUAAACCAAGAAAAUUUUAAUAUGAUACAUUAAUUUCCCCCAAACAGAUUUCUGUCAGUGUAUGUCAUUCAUGCAACGAAAAAGAAAUUAAAAAAAAUUCAGUUUUGCUGGCUCUUACCCCUUGUACUAUAAAAGUGGAAAAAAAGGGUGUGCCAGUGUUGGGGAAGCUGUUCUGGUUGUUGGUGUGGUGGGUGUUAUGAAACUAGUGCCUAUAAUUUAAAGUUUCACUUGAGUUUGAACAUCUUUUUUUUUGUUUAUCAUUUUGUGCCAAUUUCUGGUUUUGCCAAUAUUAUUUGCAAUUUUGCUUGAUUGAUUUGCUUGCCUGUUUUUUUUGUAACCGAAUCAAUACAUUUAUAAUUGCUUUAAAAACAUUUAAGAUGCGCCUUCAUAUUUAUAACUAGCUACUCAUUAUGUAAAUGAAACUAUUUAUUAAAAAGAGGUGCCUCUGUCAAAGUUCAGAUUUAAUGGGAAGCUCAAACGAAUGUUGCAAAAAGACAUACCACACCUUUUGUGUGAAAGUUUUUGUUAUUGAUCUUUUUUUAAUAUCACAAACAUGACAUUCGGUUUCCCUGUGUAAAGUCACAUUUCAAAUAAAAGAUGAAAAACA